AUGGACGUUGACGAAGCGAUGGACGACACUGUCGAGGAAAUCAUCGACGAAGAGCGCCUCAAUGCCAUCGAGGACUUCCGCCGCCAAGCCAUUCUCGAAUGGCGCAACUCGGUACAGAAGGCAACCGGCCGCGGGGCCAAACAGACCCAAAGGAGCAAAUGGUCCAAGAAGUCGCAGUACGACAUCCGGUCGUCGUUUUCGUCCUCGACCUUGUCGUCCUCACAACUGCCACCGCCAGACUACGAGGCGUCCUGGCGCUCCAAACUUGCCAUCUGGCCGUGGCUGCUGCGCGCCUCGCAUUCCUGCGGCAGCACCCUCGUCGCAUUCACAAAGUCCACGCUGGCCGUGGAGAACGGCAAUUACCGGGACUCCUUUAAUGGUGAGCUGGCGCUACGUGCUACAAAAUAG